AUUCAUAUGGAUAACAUGGUGCUCAUUUGCACAUGAGUAGUCUGUGAUUUUUCUUUUGUUUUUGUUAAGAGUAUGAGACAGAAAUCUUUCCCACAGUUUUCCUGUGGAUUUGACUCCUGCGUCACUGUCAGCACUGAGCCCCUAUUUUCGCCCAAACGCGCAUUUCCUUAAGGGGGUGAACAAAUAGUGGGGGUGGUUCUCCAGUCGAUAUCUUUAAUUGCUCGCGGGUCGUAUCGAUACCUCCCGCUGUUACCGCUCCAUCACGAGCCACUGGGAGAGGGUUGCCCGGGAAACGGCCGCAUGGCAACAAGAUCAGAGCCUGGGGGUUGUCUGCUUCUAGGUCUGCUCCCAUUUUACAGCGCGUCUCCUCCUCACUAGAUGGUGUGCGAGCCACUGGAGAGCUCACUUCAGCAGAGUGGUGGUGGGCUCCGCAGCAUCCAGACCAAACUCAAGCCAGGGAAACUACGCGGCGGAGCGUUCUCUUCACGGGGCUGCGAGGAGGGAAAAGUGUGGGAAUAAAACGCGCUGGUUCUCGUCGAGGGUUUUGUUUUUUUCUUUUAAAGCGAAACCCCCAUCUGCUCCUCAGCAUCCACACUGGUUUGUUUUGUUUUUUAAGCAGUUACUUGGGAAGAGCGACAACAAACCCCGGCUGUGAUGGACAUAAUGACUGCGGUGCAGGAUGCGUGUGUCUCCGGUCAGUGGCUCACUGCGAUCAUCCUCAGCCUGUGCUGCUUCCUGCCGUCCUGUCUGCCCGCCGGACAAACUGUGGACUAUUCCUCGGUGGAAAGUGUGGUCAGCAGACAAGGCGACACGGCUCUGCUGAGGUGCUAUCUGUUGGAUGGAAUCUCUAAAGGGGCCUGGCUGAACCGCUCAAGCAUCAUAUUUGCAGGGAACGACAAGUGGUCUGUGGACCCACGAGUCUCCAUCGUGUCCAGUGUGGGCGACAAACAUGAGUACAGCCUUCAAAUACAGAGAGUGGAUGUAACUGACGAUGGCCAGUACACAUGUUCUAUUCAGAGUGAGCGCAACCCACGGCCAAAGCUUCUCAACCUCAUCGUAAAAGUUCCUCCCAAGAUAUAUGACAUUUCGUCCGACAUCACGGUAAACGAGGGCAGCAAUGUGUCGCUCAUCUGUGCAGCCAGUGGGAAACCUGAACCAUCCAUUUCCUGGAGACAUAUAACCCCAUCAGCCAAGAAGUAUGACAGUGGUGAAUAUCUUAACAUCACUAGCAUCACAAGGGACCAGGCUGGAGACUACGAAUGCAGCGCUUUAAAUGACAUCGCCUCUCCUGACACCAAAACAGUAAAAGUCACAGUCAACUUUGCCCCAUCUAUCCAUGAGAUGAAAAGCCAUGGAGUUGGUCUGGGGCGCACAGCUCUGCUCAGGUGCGAGGUGGCUGCUGUGCCUUAUCCAACAAUUGAGUGGUACAAGGGUGAGAAAAGGAUUAUCAAGGGUCAAGGCAUCGACAUCAGGAGCCUCAGCUCCAGAUCAGUCCUCACAGUGACCAACAUGACAGAGGAUCGUUACGGGAACUACACAUGUGUCGCCUCCAACAAGCUAGGGACGGCUAACGCCAGUGUGCCUCUCAUUCCAAUUAUUGAACCCACCACCACUAGUGCUGUCUCAAGCCCAGCGCCCAACACCGCUCCCUACGGGACAGGAAGUGCACAAAUCCCGCUGGCCUGCCGAUACCUGGUCCUGGCUCUCUCCUCCUUCAUCAGCGUGUACUAGGCCAGAGUAGACACAAUGACUGUCAAGAGCAUUUAUGAAUCCUUUUUGACAUUGCUGAUGGCUGGAAUCCAAUCUGGUACAGUUUCUUAAAAAGCCGUGAGAAUAAUCAGCGUUUCUUUGUGUGGGGAUUUUUUUGGGGUGAAUUUUCUGUUUUGUAAAUAUUAUGAUGUUUUUUUUAUUAUUAUUAUUAUUAUUCUCUCCUCUCCUGUUUCAUUUUUUUCUUUUCUGAUUAAUCGACCACAUUGUGAAUCAGUGCUCACCCCCACCCUCCAACCCCCACUACACCUCCAAUCAUAUCAAAAUCCCCCAAACCUCCCAAAUGAGAUACUUUCAUGCCUCUUUCACGUGGAGGCGAUGACGCAAAAAUUUCAGUUUUUGUACAUGGCUAAAAAGAAGCAAUUGUGCCAGUACACAGAAUUACCAUACCAAUGUUGUAAUGAAUGUAUUAUGGGUUGUUGAAUAAAGGAAAGACAUUUAGAUUCCUAACAAUAAAAAUUCAGAUUAUGGAGUGUGCUUAAAAAUACAGAAGAAAAAAAAGGAAAAAAGAAAAAAAAAAAAGGCCUGGACCUGUAUUGUCAUGAUUACUCAAUAGAUGGAUGAACAGUGUUGAAGGUGUGCUUUGUUGUAUUCUGAAAUGGGUCCUUCAGUUACUAUGCCUGCCUAACGAUCGAUCAGGCAGCUGUUCAAGUAGCAAAGUAUCCUGUAUUGUAUCUUUAUAUUUUAAUAUAGUGUAGGCUUUUGUUUUAAAGUGGGACCAGCUUUUCUCAUUCGACCAAGAACGGUAACACGGUUUCACGACUUUGUACAGUGUAAAGGGAGGAACAUCGCUGCCCUAUGUUUACAUUUUUUCUUGAAAAUAUAAAUACUGCAGUAUAUUCUCCAUACUUAUGUUUCAGUGAGUCCACAUAUGUGAAUGUCAGAACUAACUGUUGCAGUUGAAAAGAAAAAGCAGAGCCCGAGUUCACAGAAUUCAACCUUUUCAUUUUUCUCAAAGAUGUAGUUCUCUGAAACAAGCCACCUCCAGCAGGCAUCGGUUAGCUGCGUACUUACUGGUCAUCUUCCAGCUGAAAACCCACAGUUACACACUGUACGUCGCUUUACUGUAGGUUUUUGGCUUCAACUUUUGGCAUGAUACCUAGAUAACUGAAAGUAGCAUUCUGCCGCACAGUAUUUUAUUCCUCUCUCAUUCUUUGCAGAUAAUUCACUACUUAAAUAUAUUACAAUCUGUGGUACGGUAAAUAUAUAUCCUUCAUUUCACCAUUCAACAAAUAACUGAAAUCCAGAGAGCCAAUGUCCACAUCCAAUUAAAGUAAGAUUUCUGGUAAAUACACCAACAUAUGUAAUUAAAUACAUGAUCUACACAAAACUGAAACCCACUCAGACUGCUUUCCAAGUCCUUCUCGUGUUAAUUAUGGGCAGCGAAACAGAAAUAAAGAUCAUGAACAUGCUCAUCUCUACUAACAUGGCCUAAGGUGCUAACACCUGCUCCAAAAUGACUUCAACACCAACAGACGACCGGUCCACAGAGCCAGUGAACGUCCACAGGAGUUCAGAAUAAAUUAAACCAUGAGGUCGUUUAAUAGAAGAAACUGUGGCGAUGUGUUCACUCCUGUUAAAUAUAAUCAAAAACAGUGUUAUUGUGAGGGUUUACUUUCUGACAACACUGUCAGUGGUCAUCUUCAAGUAUCUUCAAUCCAUGGUGUAAAGAGACACUGAACUGUAAUGCCUUAAUAGAACCAUAGACAUGAAAUGAACCUCAGUUAGAAGAACGCCUCCAGAUGCUCUCAAUGAAAUCCAACUCAUUUGUUUGAUACACUCCUGAUGAUUGAAUGUUCAUUUGCCAUUCAAAUUAGGUAUUUUAUUCACUGAAACUAAUCUCUCAACCUAUUGCUCUCGCAGGUAUUUUUAAUAAGCCAGUUGCAUCUAAUAAAAAUGCAGUAUUCGUCCAACAGGUUAACAUGUUUGCAAGUCUUGUUUGGAUUGUGUUAUAUCUUGCCCCCCGAUCAAGGGACUAACAGUAUGUAACUGCAAACCUAUAGAGAAAUAGCCAUCGCAGUUAAAAGACUUAAAGCACAAACACUGUUAUUACUUUUAUGUUUUGUGGUGCUUUGUUUUGAGGUCUGCUAAACAUUUUGUUUUCUUUCAUUGUUUGUACUGAAAUUGUUAUCAGCUUGUUUUAAAAAUUAUAAAAAUACUGCACCAUAUGAUCUUGUUUAAAUGUUAAGGUAUAAUGAAAAUGGGUCAGAAAUAUAUUUAUUCUCUUCCUUUAUGAAAUCAAUGUAUAAAAGACACAUUUGAAACAUGUAAAACUGAAUAUGUGACAUUUAUUUGAAUGAGGCUCAGUAUGGCAUAGUUUAUAAUGUCGUCGGGUUCAUUUAGAUGCCAUAACUGUUGUUGAUUUUUUUGUCGGAGUACAUUAAAAAGAACAAUGUUUGCAAUCAAAUUACCUACUUUUUGAAAGAGAGAGGGUGUGAACAAUAUAACAGUAUUAUAGAACAGAAUCAAUGUGUGUAUAUUUGGAGAAAAUAGGAUACCUUUUGAUCUUUAGAGCCAGUGUGUAGUCAUAGUUUUCACACACUUGCGUGUUUGACAAUGUGCAGAGAGUAUGAUUGUGCUGCAUGUCAAAGUUAACCUGUGUUUUUGAGGUGGCCAUUUUACAGAUAUUCAUAGAUUUUCCUUUUGAAUGGAACCAGUUUUUUUUCCAAAAGGCUUCUUUUUGUUUGGUUCUCAAACCUGGUCUAAAAAUACAUACCUCUUACAGAUCACCAGGC